UUUGGCCUCUCUCUACAGUAUGAGUUCAAAGCCAAGAACAUCAAGAAGAAGAAGGUGAACCUCGUCGUGUCGGUGGACGGCGUGAAGGUCAUUCUGAAGAAGAAGAAGAAGAAAAAAGAAUGGGCCUGGGACGAGAACAAAAUGCUCGUCAUGCAUGAUCCCAUUUACAGGAUAUUCUAUGUGUCCCAUGACUCGCAAGACCUAAAGAUCUUCAGCUACAUUGCCCGGGAUGGGUCUAGCAACGUGUUCAGGUGCAAUGUCUUCAAAUCCAAGAAGAAGAGCCAAGCCAUGCGCAUCGUGCGGACAGUGGGACAGGCGUUUGAGGUCUGCCACAAGCUGAGCCUGCAGCACACCCAGCAAAAUGCAGACGGGCAGGAGGAUGGGGACAGCGAGAGGAACGGGGACGAUCUGGAUGUCCCAGCCUGCCGCCUCACUGCUGCAGAGCGGGCAGCCACCUCAGCUGAGGAGACCGACAUUGAUGCUGUGGAGCUGCCGCUGCCCGGGGCUGACAUCCUCGACUUCAGCCGCGGCGUCACGGACCUGGAUGCUGUGGGCAAGGAGGCGAGCGGUGACACCAAGGACUGCUUCCACCCUGAGGACAUCCUGACCGCUUCGCCCAAGAUGCUGCUGCCGUCGUCCACCCCGCUGCCUGACCUGGGCACACCUCUGUCCGCACACCACCAAAUGCAGCUCCUGCAGCAGCUCCUGCAGCAGCAGCAGCAGCAGACACAAGUGGCUGUGGCACAGGUCCACCUGCUGAAGGACCAGCUGGCUGCGGAGGCAGCAGCACGCCUGGAGGCACAGGCACGUGUGCACCAGCUCCUGCUCCAGAACAAGGACUUGCUGCAGCACAUCUCGCUCCUGGUCAAGCAGGUGCAGGAGCUGGAGUUGAAGCUGGCGGGGAACAACACCACAGGCUCCCAGGACAGCCUGCUGGAGAUCACCUUCCGCUCCAGCGUCCUCCCCGUGCUCUGCGACCCGACCACCCCGCAGCCCGAGGACACCCACCUGCCGCAGCUGGGCCCCGGCUCGGGCUUCCCCAGCGCCCUGGGCAGCCCCAUAGGUAGGAACGACUGUCUGGUGAAGCUGGAGUGCUACCACUUCCUGCCGAGCUCGGGGUCGCACGCCCCGGAGCCGGCUCUGGGCAGCCUGGAGCUCCUCAAGUUCCGUGAGUCGGGCAUCGCCUCUGAGUAUGAGUCCAACACGGACGAGAGCGAGGAGCGUGACUCCUGGUCCCAGGAGGAACCGCCACGCUUGCUCAACGUCCAGCCCCAGCAGGACCUGGGUGACAGUCUGGAGGAUGAGAUCGCGGUGUAGGGGGGGCAAGAGGUGGCACAGAGCAGCCGGGACCCCCAGGGAUGGCGGAGGGAGCGUGGCGCUGGUUGGCAGCAGGGGCCAGAGCUAGGCAUGGCGCGAGAUGCUGCCGUGCUGGCAGCUCCCUCCCUGACUUGUGCUGUGCCCAGGACCCUGAUGCGUGCAGUCCACAGCAGCUUCAGGGAGGUAGACGUGAUGGUACUGCAGUGUCUCAGCUGGAGCAGGGGGCAGAUCUUCCUUCCCUGCUUCCCUUCAUCUUGUCCUGAGCUCAGCCAGCCCUCAGCACCCUCAGCUUCAUGCCAGGCUUGUGUUGCUCCCUGGUCCCCAUGUCCUCCCAAGCUGCAUCUUGAGAUCAGAAGCAAGGGAAGCAAAGAGACCUCAGCAGCAGUCCCUGCAGGGCUCCUUGUGCUGCUGGCAUUGCUGCCCAGCAACCGUGAUGGGUUAGGAGCCACUGCUAGCAGUGUUACUAUGGGGUGGAGCAAUGAAACUGGAGAAGGUUUUUGCUGGAGGAAUGAGAAAGCAGGUAUGGGGCAGGGACAGGAAGGACAAAAGAGCCAGCAUGAAUUGGUUUCCUGCAUGAUAGAGAUGGUGGGAGAUGAGGCUGGAGCUAUGCUACUGGGAUGAGAGAUGGUGCCCCAUCGAUGUGGGUAUGUGAGGGGGGAGGAAUGCUGGGAAGGAGCUUGGAAAAGUGAGGGGGUAAGAGGAGGUUGCACAGAGGGUGCUGGGCACUGCCUGCUCCUCUCCUGGGCUGUGAAGUGGAUAGGGAGGCACAAAUGUGCAUGCAGGGAGCACAGCACAGGGAGGAUGAAUUCUCCUUACCUCAUUGCCUAGUUCCGGAGCUCUUUGGUACCGCUACCAGGUAUCAAAGUCUUUCUGGUGCUGUCAAGUCGUAUUUUCAAGCAAUUCCCUGCACCACUGCUACUGCCAGUUCCCUGCUUGGCUUUACAGACAAACCAUUCCAUUUCCACGCGGUUGCUUGCCACCAGACCACUGCUGGCAAUGGCUAUGUGUGCAGACAGACAUGCACAGCCUCUCCAUGGGAAGCAAGAUCUCCUCCUUCCCUAGCUGCUGCGGGCACAGUGCACGUUCACAUUCCCCAGAAGGGGUUAUUCUGCAGGGUGACUUGGUGGCUGUGUAACCCAUCACGUGGCUGGGGUAACCCUGCUCCCAGGCAGGGUCUGGAUUCAUGGUGGUUGCUUCAGAGUGCGUGCUGACCCCAGGAUGGAGAAGCGGGGCUCUGGACCCCUCUGGAAGGUGACACCAGUCAUGAGGAACUGCUGGGAACUGCCUGGUGCAGGGCUCAGUGCCUGUACUGAGCUGGAAUGGGAGAGGUGGGCACCCUACAAGGGGAGCUGGUGAGUGGCACAGUGAUGCAACUGUGCAUGUGGGGACCUUCAUGUGUCCAGUUUUCAUCUUCAGAAAAGUUAAUCCAGAAUGUCAGGGCCUCCACCAGCCCCUAAGAGGCUGACAGAUGUUCUUGAGGGCCUCCAAAGGAGCCAGAGCUUCUCCCUGUUCUGCAGGCACACUUACCAGUUGCUCACUGCUGCAGCCUCUGAGAACGCAGCUGAAGGGGUGCAAACCAGAUGACCCCUCUGCUCCUUAUGGAAACAUGGGGAGACAGGAUUGGCAUGAUUGUCUUCCACAUCUUCCACCCUCCUGUCCUGCUUCUGCUUUGCUUUGCUGCUCGCCUGCUGCUUUUCCUUUUGCCAGCUGUCUCUGCUUGAUCUGCCUGCAUCUAACCCCUGGCUGCGUAUCUCCCAGACUCAAGCUCUUGCUCUACUCCAGUGUUUGACCCUGCUGUGAGGAAGGUCCAUGGUUUCCUCCUGCUCCAGUCCCCUUGGGGCUGAGAAGCAGGGUGUAGGUGAGACCCCAGGGGGAGCAAGGGCUGUGCUGUGUACUGUACACCCCAUGAGGAGGUGGGUACUGCAGGUAGCAGAGCUGUCAGGAGCUAGAGAGUCCUAGUGGGAAGGAAGGAUAUGUCCUCUGAUGGAUCUUGUGUCAGCACCAAGGAGCAUGUGGGGAAUGUGGAGCUCAAAGGCAGCCUUGGCUGCAGUGACCCUGAGAUGGUGGAAUUCUUAAGAUUCUUAGGUCAGGGAGGGGAGUGAGAAGCCUUCUUUGUGGAUCUGCUGGAAGAACCCUGUGGACUGUGACCUUUGAGGGAAGAGCGGCCCAAUAAAGCUGACUGAUACUCAAAGAUCACCUCCUCCAAGCUCAAGAGUGGUCCAUUCCAUCAAAGGGAAAGUCAGGCAAAAAAUGGAUGAGCAAGGAGCUCCUGGUCAAGUUCAGACCUCUCAAAAGAGGCAUACAGAGGGUAGAAGCAAGUACAGACAACCUGGGAGGAAUAGAAACAUUGUCAGGAUGAAGUUAGGAAAGCGAAAGACCAGAUGGAAUCAAAUAUGGCCAGAAAUGUCAAAGACAAGAAGGGCUUCUGUAAGUAUGUUGGUGACAGAAGGAAGAGUGCAGGUUAUCUCUGAGCUGGUUCCAGCCUUUGAUGCUGUCUCCAAAAGAUCUUCACAGACAAGAUCUUGAUGUAUGGGACGGAUGGGCAGACAGUGAGAUGGGUUAAAAACUGGCUGAACAGCCAGGCCCAGAUGGUAAUCAUCAGUGCAGACUAAUUGGAGGCCAGCAGCUUGCAGUGUACCCUGGAGGUCAGGGGUGCUACAGCCCUGUUGAGCCUCCGCAUGGACGAUCUGGGUGAUGCGGCACUCAGCACAACUGCAGACAGCAAACCUGGGAGCAGCGGCUGCUGAUCCACCAAAGGGUGGUGCUGCCAUCCAGAGGGACUGGAGAGGUGGGCUGGUGGGAACCUCUUGGAGCUGAGCGAGGAGAAGUGCAGAGUCGUGGCGCUGGGAGGAAAAGCCCAGGCAUUGGGAUGUUCCAAAAAGCAGUUUGACAGAGGUGGUCAGCUGAUGGUCCUGCAGGACACCAAGCUGAGCUGAGGCAGCAGGUCGAGGCAGUGACCCUGCCCUUCUGCUUGGCACUGGUGAGGCCAUGCUGGGAGCACUGUGGGCUCUCCAAUGUAAGAGGCACGUGGAGCUCCUGGAGGAGAGACCAGUGAGAGGAUGUGAAAAUGGAGAAGGGACUGGAGCACAUCUGCUGAGAGGCUGAGGGAGCUGGGACUGUUCCUCCUGAAGAAGGCUCAGGGGAAUUUAUUGAUGUAUUUAGAUACCUGAAGGGAGAGGUGCAAAGAGGACGGAGCCAGGUAUUUUUCAGGGGUGCCCAGGGAUAAGACAAGAGGCAAUGGAGACAUCUGGAACGUGAAGUGCAGUGUGAACACUGGGAAGCACUUCUGUGCUGUGAGGGUGGCUGAGCUCUGGCAAGACUGCCCACAGAGGCUGUGGGGUCUCUUUCUUGGGAAGUUUCAAAAGCUGUCUGGAUGUAGGCCUGGGCACCCUGUGCUGGGUGGCUUCGCUGGAACAGGACUCGGACCAGGUGGACCUUCUAAUCAUUCUGUGACUGUUUCAAUGUGCCCACCAGUGGCCUGGUGUCCAGGGAAGCCCCCACACCAGCUCCAGAGGGACAGAGCAGGAGUGGGUGCAGCGCCUCCUGGGCAUUUCCUGCAGGCAGGGCUGAGCCUUGGGUUCACGGUCAGCACAACCACAGGGAAUGGUGAGCUGUGCCCCAGGGCUGACAGGGGUGCUGCAGCCCCCUGUGCCUUGCCAGAGCCAGCUGGGAGCCACCCAGUGCCAUGCUGCACUGCGGCACCACGUUAUGCGUGAGUGGUCCUCCUAACCCAGCACUGCCUACAAAAUGCCUCUCUAGCUUCUCACUUUUGUUAUGGACAUUGACCGGGGUUUUAUAGCUAUAUUUUUUUGUCCUUUCUUUUCCUACAACUGUCGUGUUACUAACUGUUGACUCGGUCUAUCCGAGAAACCAAUCUGUCAAUGUAAGUGCACUUAACCCUUGGGUGUUGUCAUUAGUUGAUUGGCUUUUGCUAAAUAAAUCUUUCUAUUUCUCAAGGCUU